UUGCCCAGGACGGGUCUGGAACUUAACGGGGUUCCCAUGACCCCUGCCAUUGCUUCCGGUCAGCAAUGAAAGGGUUAUCGGGCAGCCGCAGCCACCACCACGGGAUCACCUGCGAGUCUGCGUGUGACUCGUUGUCACACCACUCAGACCACAAGCCCUACCUGCUGAGUCCCGUGGACCACCACCCUGCGGACCACCCCUACUACACGCAGCGGAACUCCUUCCAGGCAGAGUGUGUGGGGCCCUUCAGUGACCCGCUGGCCAGCAGCACCUUCCCACGCAGGCACUACACCUCGCAGCAGGAGCUGAAGGACGAGAGUGCCCUGGUGCCACGCACACUGGCCACCAAGGCGAACCGCAUCCCCGCCAACCUGCUGGAUCAGUUUGAAAGGCAGCUGCCACUCAGCCGGGAUGGCUACCACACGCUGCAGUACAAGCGCACGGCUGUGGAGCACCGCAGCGAUAGCCCCGGCCGCAUCCGGCACCUGGUGCACUCGGUCCAGAAGCUCUUCACCAAGUCACAUUCCCUGGAGGGUCCAUCCAAAGGCAGCGUCAACGGGGGCAAGGCCAGCCCGGACGAGUCGCAAACUGUGCGGUACGACAAGCGAAGCAAGAGCAAAGAGAGGCGCUCAGAGUCCAAGGCCAGAUCCAACGCCUCCAACGCCUCCCCGACCUCUCCCAGCUGGUGGAGCUCUGAUGACAACCUGGAUGGCGACAUGUGCCUCUACCACACGCCCUCGGGUGUGAUGACCAUGGGCAGGUGCCCCGACCGCUCUGCCUCGCAGUACUUCAUGGAAGCCUACAACACCAUCAGCGAGCAGGCGGUGAAGGCCUCCCGGAGUAACAAUGACGUCAAGUGCUCCACCUGCGCUAACCUGCCGGUCACUCUGGAUGCCCCACUUCUGAAGAAGAGCGCCUGGUCCUCCACCCUCACUGUGAGCAGAGCCCGAGAGGUUUACCAGAAAGCCUCGGUGAACAUGGAUCAGGCCAUGGUGAAGUCCGAGGCAUGUCAACAGGAGCGAUCCUGCCAGUACCUACAGGUUCCCCAAGAUGAAUGGACAGGGUACACGCCUCGCGGGAAAGAUGAUGAGAUUCCAUGCCGAAGGAUGCGAAGUGGCAGCUACAUCAAGGCCAUGGGGGACGAGGACAGCGGGGACUCAGACACGAGUCCCAAGCCUUCCCCCAAAGUGGCCGCAAGGAGAGAAAGCUAUCUCAAGGCUACACAACCCUCCCUCACAGAGCUCACCACACUCAAGAUCUCCAAUGAACACUCACCCAAGCUCCAGAUCCGGAGUCACAGUUACCUGAGGGCAGUAAGUGAAGUCUCCAUCAACAGAAGCCUGGACAGCCUUGACCCUGCAGGCUUGCUCACGUCACCAAAGUUCCGCUCCAGAAAUGAGAGCUACAUGCGAGCCAUGAGCACCAUAAGCCAGGUGAGCGAGAUGGAGGUGAACGGGCAGUUCGAAUCCGUGUGUGAGUCCGUGUUCAGCGAGCUGGAGUCGCAGGCGGUGGAGGCUCUGGACUUGCCCAUGCCUGGCUGCUUCCGCAUGCGCAGCCACAGCUACGUGCGGGCCAUCGAGAAGGGCUGCUCCCAGGACGACGAAUGCGUGUCGCUGAGGUCGUCCUCGCCCCCACGCACAACCACGACGGUGAGGACCAUCCAGAGCAGCACCGUGUCAUCUUGCAUUACAACAUAUAAGAAGACACCACCUCCAGUCCCACCCAGAACUACCACGAAACCUUUCAUUUCUAUCACAGCCCAGAGUAGCACAGAGUCUGCGCAAGACGCCUACAUGGAUGGACAAGGCCAGCGUGGAGACAUGAUCAGCCAGUCUGGCCUCAGCAACUCCACCGAAAGUCUAGACAGUAUGAAGGCUCUGACAGCCGCCAUCGAGGCCGCAAACGCCCAGAUCCACGGCCCAGCAAGCCAACGCAUGGGCAAUAACGCUGCUGCUGCUGCUGUCACGACCACCGCCGCCGUAGCCACCGCCACCACCACCGAGGACAGGAAGAAGGACUUUAAGAAAAACCGAUGCCUGUCGAUUGGGAUACAGGUGGACGAUGCUGAAGAGCCGGAGAAAACGGGGGAGAACAAGGCGCCCAGUAAGUUCCAGUCCGUGGGAGUGCAAGUAGAAGAGGAGAGAUGCUUCCGCAGGUUCACUCGGUCCAACAGUGUGACCACCGCAGUGCAGGCUGACAUGGACUUCCAUGAUAAUCUGGAAAAUUCCCUGGAAUCUAUAGAGGACAAUUCGUGUCCCGGCCCGAUGGCCAGACAGUUCUCCCGGGACGCCAGCACAUCCACAGUCAGCAUCCAAGGUUCAGGGAACCAUUACCAUGCCUGUGCAGCCGACGAUGACUUUGACACGGAUUUUGACCCCUCCAUCCUGCCUCCUCCGGACCCCUGGAUUGACUCUAUCACAGAAGACCCUCUGGAGGCCGUUCAAAGGUCCGUGUACCACCGGGAUGGCCACUGGUUCCUGAAGCUUCUCCAGGCAGAGCGAGACCGCAUGGAAGGCUGGUGCCAGCAGAUGGAGAGAGAAGAGCGGGAAAACAACCUCCCCGAGGACAUUCUAGGGAAAAUCCGAACGGCGGUGGGCAGCGCCCAACUUCUCAUGGCGCAGAAAUUCUACCAGUUCAGAGAACUGUGUGAGGAGAACCUGAAUCCCAAUGCUCAUCCAAGACCCACGUCCCAGGAUUUGGCGGGGUUUUGGGACAUGCUGCAGUUGUCCAUAGAAAACAUUAGUAUGAAAUUUGAUGAACUCCAUCAGUUAAAGGCCAAUAAUUGGAAACAGAUGGAUCCUCUUGACAAGAAGGAGCGAAGGGCCCCUCCUCCAGUGCCAAAGAAGCCGGCGAAGGGCCCCGCGCCGCUGAUCCGGGAGCGCUCGCUGGAGAGCUCGCAGCGCCAGGAGGCCCGCAAGCGCCUGAUGGCCGCCAAGCGCGCAGCGUCGGUCCGCCAGAACUCGGCCACCGAGAGCGCGGAGAGCAUCGAGAUCUACAUCCCCGAGGCGCAGACCCGGCUCUGAGCGCCGCAGAGGACCACCCCGCUGCCCUGCCCGCGGCCGCCUCCCAGUCCCCUCCGUCUCUGAGCUCAGUGACCGCCACCUCGCAGGAGCGGUUCCCCAAGCCGCCCCGCUUCCUGGGCCACUUUGCCCAUCUUCUCCACUGAGCUUCGCGCCCCUGUCCUGAAGCCUCAUGCAGACAUCCAAACCCUUUCUUUUCUGGGACAAGCAAACCCACCCGUGUAGAAAAGAUACCUGUAGGUCACUCACUCUCCUCAGUUCUUUCAAGCUAGUGUGUCCCUAGAACUCAGCAAUAUAAAAAACCAUAGGGUAUUUCAGAACUCCAGUGUCACACAGGGUGAUCCUUAGAGACUUAACCGUCUUCCACGCGAAAGAAACGAGGGCUCCGAUUUCCCUUUAUUUGCCCCCAAACGGUUAUUUUUACAAGCAGACAAGAGCGCUUUAUCUCUAAUCUCAGAAAUCACACCAUCUCAUCGGAAUCAGU